ACCAGUCUAGACUGGUGUGCUUCACAUGGUAUUCACGUUUUGAUGCGCAUUACUCCGAGAUAUAGAUGGUUAAUGCGAUAGUGUUAUAAGAGUGAAACUGACAACAUAUGAAUGCAAGCGAAGAAAGCGGUAGAGGACGGUCAUGUUUGUUUGUGAUCACAUGGAUUAUAUACGUAACGCUCAGACCAUGCGGGGUCUCCUAGUAGCGUGCCUGUUCUGUUGCGCUGUCUCACACAGCCCAUAUCUUCAGGUAUUAAACGGAACUUUUACAUCCGACAAUAAUGGUUCUACGGAGGGUGUGGAAGAUGGACAUAACCAUGGUAACAGGACAGUAACAAUUUCCAGGCGGAAUAAGGGAUUACAUUUUUCGUCAUUAUUGAUGUCACUGUAUUCGGAGUCCGAGAUAUUGAAAGUGAACGACUUCCUACGCAUGUUGAGAGAGGUUGGUGUGCCGUUAGGCGACAAUCAUCGACAUCAGUCUAAUCAUCAUGAUCAACAGCGGAGACCAGAACCUAGUGCAGGCAACAUGCGACGCCGUGAGAGAGAUGUCACAAAGACGAAACAGUUACCACGUGGAUCUAAAGCGACACAUACUACGGGGAACAGGGACGUCAAGGACCACAUGUGCCUAGGUCUGGACAGCGUGGUGGCGUUAUUUGGAGGGGAAAUACGUGAACCGCAGGACCUGAUGUAUUUGGCUCCAGUGAUACUGUAUCAGCUGACCCCUUUCUGUGAACGCCGGUUGUCCGACAGAGCCGACCAUUCGUCUCAGCAUCAACAACAGCAUCAACAUCGGAAACAUCAUCACCACCACCACCACCAGAAUCAGCAUGGAAUCAUAAAUAACAAACGAAACGAAAGCAGCAGUGUCAGGAGUAAAGGUGACUAUAGCCUUCACGAGCACUUGGAUGCCAAUAAACGUAACCAUAGCAACAGAGAACAUGACCAACAUCAUAGCCACCAUGACGGACACGGGAAACACGAUAACCAUCGUUUAAAGAAAGUGGAAGAGAAGGGUAACCAAAGCGACAGCCAUCAAGAGGCAGAAGAACAAAAUAGUCACCAUGAAAAGGAUAAACAGGGCUCCCAUAGUGCCCAUGUACAUCACGUUAACAGAGGACAAGAUCACCAUGGGGAUCGCAGCCAUAAUACGGCAUCGGCAGAGGUCAAACGUUACCAUAGUGGCCACGUGCACCAUGUUCAUGAAGGAGUGGAGACCAACAGUAGUCAUGGUGACCAUAUACACCAUGCUUCAAAACACAAGGACAAAAGUCUCCAUGAUGACCACAUAGAUCAUGAUUCUACGGACAAGGACAGACAUCUCCAUGGAGACAAUAUACAUCACGUUUCAAGAGACAGAGAGAAGGAUUCCCAUGGCGACCAUAUACAUCAUGAAUCUAGGGACAAGGACAAGCAUCUCCAUGGAGACCAUAUACAUCACGUUUCAAGGGACAGAGAGAAGCAUUUCCAUGGCGACCAUAUACAAAAUGUUUCCAGGAACAAGGACAAGCAUCUCCAUGGUGAUCACAUUGACCAUGUUUCUACAGAUAAGGACAGACAUCUCCAUGGAGACCAUAUGCAUCACGUUUCAAGGGACAGAGAGAAGCAUUUCCAUGGCGACCAUAUACAAAAUGUUUCCAGGAACAAGGACAAGCAUCUCCAUGGUGAUCACAUUGACCAUGUUUCUACAGAUAAGGACAGACAUCUCCAUGGAGACCAUAUACAUCACGUUUCAAGGGACAGAGAAAAGCAUUUCCAUGGCGACCAUAUACAAAAUGUUUCCAGGAACAAGGACAAGCAUCUUCAUGGAGCCCAUGUCCAUGAAACGUCUGACCACCUUGAUCACCCUGAAGACAACAAGCAUCACCACUUCAGUCAGUCACCCUUAAAAGUUUGGGGAUCCAGCAUCCUGGCUGUUCUGCUCAUCAGUCUCGUGGGCCUCGGGAGCGUCGUCAUCAUACCCAUCAUGAGGAAAGUCUUCUACAACUAUGUUCUGCAGUUCCUGGUCGCUGUUGCUGUCGGAGCACUCACUGGUGACGCGCUGCUUCACCUACUGCCACAUGCGAUGACAGGCGAUAUCCAUGACAACCACAAAGACACGCACGAGGACAACGACCAUAGCGACCAUUUUGAUUACCAUAGCAACUCACUGUGGAUGGGACUGUGUGGAAUGGGUGGACUGAUAACGUUCUUUACCAUGGAGAGGCUGCUUAGGAUAUUCAUGGAAAGAAAAGCGAAGAUGAAGAGAAAGAAGGCCUCGUCUCCUCCGUCCCCGCAAGUAUCAAACACCGGUGCUUCCGACAGCGUGGUGGGCGUGAAGCUGUCAGCCCACGAGGACCCCGACUACCAGGAGUGCGAGGAAAUGAUGUUCAACGUGUACAGGAAGCAGAGAUUACCAAUUGGAGCAUGCGCAGGCAGCCUUCUGUCUAUGACGGCAGUCUCUCAUCCAGAAAUCAGUGUGUCGCGAAGUGAGAAUCAGCCUCUUUCUGAAUCUGAGAAAGGUCACGGUCACUCUCAUUUAACCAAUGAGCUCCCGUCGUCAGUAGCAACGAUUGCAUGGAUGGUGAUUCUUGGAGACGGUAUCCACAACUUCAGUGACGGCCUUGCACUGGGUGCAGGCUUUGCCAACAGCAUCACAGGUGGUAUCAGCACCACCAUCGCCAUUUUCUGUCACGAACUUCCACACGAGAUAGGAGACUUUGCCGUGCUGCUGCAAGCGGGGAUGUCGGUGAAGCAGGCCAUCGUCUACAACUGUGUUUCCUCGUUGCUCUGCUUCUUUGGGAUGGUCAUUGGUGUUCUCAUUGGUAACGUGGGACAAGCCUCUCUUUGGAUCUUUGCCUGUAUAGCAGGAACCUUCCUCUACAUCGCUCUGGUUGACAUGCUUCCCGAAUUAUGUGUAGCGCCGACGAAGGGAGAUAACCCGUACUGUAUACUUGGCAUACAGCUGUUGGGGAUUUUGGUUGGAGCGAGUAUUAUGGCUGUGAUAGCGGUCUUUGAGCACAGCUUGAUUAAGCUGCUGGACAUGUGACGUACACGGCUGUAUUAUAGUCGUUAAAUUAUAGGGUACGUUAAUACUGUGUGACGAGCUGAUUUCCAUGUUCAAACACACAGGUUAACCAAGUUGGUCGUGCAGAACUCAAAUUGUGAAAACAAAGACAUUGUACUGAAACGCACAGUUUUAGGUUUACAAUAAGGCCUUUCUACGGGCCAAACAAGUGAGAGCAUCAUAAGUAACAGGAAUUACCAGAACUGACGUGAGUGCACGAGCUAACGUUCUGAAUAUUGGUAGCUAUUUGCCAGCACUGAAAGAAACCUGUGUCCCCUUUUGAAUCCACAAUAAUGUAGGGAGCUGAUAAGAAUUAUGUGUUUUCAAUUACGUAUCCAAUUCACACUUGACAAAUACAUGAGAAACAAGUCAGGUAGGAAGUGCCUCGAAGAGCCUUAUCCUACACCUGGAGAGUUUCUCAUUCUCUUUCUCAACAAUGAAGCUGGUGACGUUCGUUAAACAAACAGACAGAGAAUUGUCGGUAUAUUCCUCUCGCUGAAGCUUAAAUAAGUAAAAGAUAAUAGCCUCUUUUGACACAUCACUGGUUUGGUGUGGUUAGAGGUUUAGGGCACUAGCUUUGGUUGAUAUGACCUGGAAUCGCCCUUAUGCAACACUUAGAGAGGUACAGUCAGACUUCUAGAAACCUUCUCAUCCCAGAACCAAAUCAUGCCAGGCCAUAUUCGUAAACAAGAAGACAGAGAACUGUACAUUCCACUCGCUGACGUCCAAAUACAAGACAGCAGUCUCUACUGCAACACCCCAACUGCCCUAUCCCGUAUCGACUGGUUUGGUAUGUUUCGAUGUUAACGGCACCAGUUGUAGUUCAUAUGGUCUCAGUUAUGCUUUGACUUGUUAUGUUACAGUAUUAGAUGACUAUUGUACCACCUUCCAGGGUGUACGAUUUACGUGAACGAAAUAAGAUGUUUUAAAUGCCUUCCAUAUAUUUUAAUAAAACAUUCCAAUACAA